AUGGGUUCCCACUGGCAGAUGGGUUUGGUGUCGGUGAUUUACGUUCUGUCGGUCGUUCGGCAGCUUCAAUGUCUACCGUUGCCUGGUCGUGAGAGCGAUGAUGCGGAGGCCAAAAUUCAAGCUGACCGUGAGCUGCUGAACACGGUUACUUACGUGGGCAAUAACAAGGUAUACGGACUACUUUCAAAUGAACAGCCAGCGAUGCGAGAGGCGAAACUGGAAAAGGAAGACUUGGAUUCCACCAUACUGACCAAGCUGGACAAUGUGCAGAAGAAGUUUGCCGAGAAAGGCCAAGUUCCGGCCCUUGUCGACCAAACGGCACCGAAGGAUUACUUUGGAAACGAUGUAAAAGACGAAGCGAUUCGGCGGGGUUUUGUCGGAAUAGUCGAGCAGCUUUCGAAUGUUUUCAACGCAAUUGUUGAGAAAGUACCCAAAGGAGCCAUCACGAAUCUGAACAAGAGUGUCCUGAACCGGCUCAACCAAAUCGGUGCCGUGCUAGUGGGGCUGGAAGACGCGAAAAAGUGA